CCCGCGCCCGCCGGCCCGCCCGGGAACUCUGCGGGAGUCCCGGCCGCCCAGCUCCCAGGGACCCAGGAGUUGUCGGGCCCAGCGUGCGUCCGGGAGCGGCAGGAUGAUCCCGGUGGCCGAAUUCAAGCAGUUCACGGAACAGCAGCCCGCGUUGAAGGUGCUCAAACCCUGGUGGGACGUGCUGGCUGAGUACCUCACCGUGGCCAUGCUCAUGAUUGGGGUCUUCGGCUGCACCCUCCAGGUGACACAGGACAAGAUCAUCUGUCUGCCCAGUCACGAGCCCCGGGAGAACGUAUCAGAGGCCCCGUGCCAGCAACUAUUGCCACGGGGGGUCUCUGAGCAGAUGGGGGGCCUGCGGGAGGUUCAUGGCCUCAAGAACAACUUGGACUUGCAGCAGUACAGCUUCAUUAACCAGCUCUGCUACGAGACGGCCCUCCACUGGUACGCCAAGUACUUCCCCUACCUCGUGAUCAUUCACACGCUCAUCUUCAUGGUUUGCACCAGUUUUUGGUUCAAGUUCCCCGGCACCAGCUCCAAGAUCGAACACUUCAUCUCCAUCCUGGGCAAGUGUUUUGACUCGCCCUGGACCACGCGGGCUCUGUCUGAGGUUUCCGGGGAGAACCAGAAAGGCCCGGCUGCUGGACGGGCGACAGCCAUCGUGGCGGCCACAGCAGGGGCCGGGCCAGGGAAGGCAGGGGAGGGUGAGAAGGAGAAGGUGCUGGCGGAGCCGGAGAAAGUGGUGACUGAGCCCCCGGUUGUCACCCUGCUUGACAAGAAGGAGGGUGAGCAGGCCAAAGCCCUGUUUGAGAAGGUCAGGAAGUUCCGUGUGCACGUGGAAGAAGGGGACAUCCUCUAUACGAUGUACAUCCGGCAGACGGUGCUCAAAGUGUGCAAGUUCUUGGCCAUUUUGGUCUACAACCUGGUCUACGUGGAGAAGAUCAGCUUCCUGGUGGCCUGCAGGGUGGAGACCUCCGAGGUCACGGGCUAUGCCAGUUUCUGCUGCAACCACACCAAGGCCCACCUCUUCUCCAAGCUGGCAUUCUGCUACAUCUCCUUCGUGUGCGUCUACGGGCUCACCUGCCUCUACACGCUCUACUGGCUGUUCCACCGGCCUCUCAAGGAGUACUCCUUCCGUUCCGUGAGGGAGGAGACUGGCAUGGGGGACAUUCCUGACGUCAAGAACGACUUUGCCUUCAUGCUGCAUCUCAUUGACCAAUAUGACUCGCUCUACUCCAAGCGCUUUGCUGUCUUCCUCUCCGAGGUCAGUGAAAGCCGCCUGAAGCAGCUCAACCUCAACCACGAGUGGACGCCCGAGAAACUUCGGCAGAAGCUGCAGCGCAACGCCCGGGGCCGGCUGGAGCUGGCCCUCUGCAUGCUCCCCGGCCUGCCGGACACUGUCUUCGAGCUCAGUGAGGUGGAGGCGCUGAGGCUGGAGGCCAUCUGUGAUGUCACCUUCCCCCCGGGGCUCUCGCAGCUGGUGCAGUUGCAGGAGCUGAGCUUGCUGCACUCGCCCGCGAGGUUGCCCUUCUCCUUGCAGAUCUUCCUGAGGGACCGCCUGAAGGUCAUCCGGGUCAAGUGCGAGGAACUCCGGGAGGUGCCCCUCUGGGUGUUCGGGCUGCGAGGCUUGGAGGAGCUGCACCUGGAGGGGCUCUUCCCCCCAGAGCUGGCUCGGGCGGCCACCCUCGAGAGCCUCCGGGAGUUGAAGCAGCUCAAGGUGUUGUCCCUGCGGAGCAACGCGGGGAAGGUGCCAGCCAGCGUGACUGACGUGGCCGGACACCUACAGCGGCUCAGCCUGCACAACGAUGGGGCCCGUCUGCUGGCCCUCAACAGCCUCAAGAAGCUGGCGGCGUUGCGGGAGCUGGAGCUGGUGGCCUGUGGGCUGGAGCGCAUCCCCCACGCAGUGUUCAGCCUCGGGGCGCUGCAGGAACUUGACCUCAAGGACAACCACCUGCGGUCCAUAGAGGAGAUCCUCAGCUUCCAGCACUGCCGAAAGCUGGUCACACUCAGGCUGUGGCACAAUCAGAUCGCCUACGUCCCCGAGCACGUGCGGAAGCUCAGGGGCCUGGAGCAGCUCUACCUCAGCCACAACAAGCUCGAGACGCUGCCCACUCAGCUCGGCCUGUGCUCCGGCCUCCGCCUGCUGGACGUGUCCCACAACGGGCUGCACUCCUUGCCGCCAGAGGUGGGCCUCCUCCAGAGCCUGCAGCACCUGGCUUUGUCCUACAAUGCCCUUGAGGCCCUGCCGGAUGAGCUUUUUUUCUGCCGAAAGCUGCGGACGUUGCUUCUGGGCUACAACCACCUGAGCCAGCUCUCGCCCCACGUGGGGGCCCUCAGGGCCCUCAUCCGCUUGGAGCUCAAGGGCAAUCGGUUGGAGGCGCUGCCAGAAGAACUUGGCCACUGUGGGGGGCUGAAGAAGGCGGGGCUCCUGGUGGAAGACACCCUGUAUGAGGGCCUGCCCGCAGAGGUACGAGAGAAGAUGGAGGAGGAAUGAGGCCAGGGUGGGCACAGCGGGUUGAGGUAGGGCCCCAAGGAUGCCACUAGGCAGGAAUCUCUACCAUUGUCUUCUAAGGGAGGUGGCCACGUGAGCCCAGGAGAGGAGGGGCAGAUUUGUGUCAGCCUGGUGGGGCCCAGGCAAGAUCUGGGACUGGUUUGUCUAGGGGAGGUUGUGGAUUCAGUGUAGAACUCCAAAUGGAGGGAUUAACUCAGUCCUGGAGUUCUCAGACCAAAACCACACCUGUGUCUGUGGCUGGCUGGCUGGCCCCAUCCCUAGACCAGAACUGGAUAAUCCGGCUCAAUGAGUGCCACCUAUAGGGGUGGGGGCACAUCCCACUGGGAUUUCCAGCCCUCCUCCACCGAAAAAAGCAGCUUACAUCUGGGAUUCUCUCCCAAGGAGGGGACACAGACCCAAGGGACCAGCCCCACACCCCAAUUUUGAUGCUAAUCCCUUAUUUAUAAGUUGUUUGCUAUGGACAUGUGAACUCAGAACAAUAUAGCUCAUAUCUGGCCAUGCAUCAAAAUCAACAGUGGAGUGAGUUAGUACCGAACAAAACAUCCAAGUCCCUACCCCUGAG